AUGGUGUCGUCCGAGAAGACGCCGAGUCGAGUGACGUUCGCGAAUAAAACCAGAUUCGUCGUGCUUUUCCUUGGGUACUCUUUGGGUUUGCGCACAUUUUUUCUCGAAUAAUCCACCUCAGAAUCCUUUGUAUCAUCUGUAAUCACGGUACGUACACGACCAUCAGCUUCACGGUCAUUUGUAUGCAGGAUGUCAUUCAGGAGCAUGUGGCUAGGAAUGAAACUCGUGAGUGGUUGGGCUUGAACUUGAACUCGUACUGUAUUGUCGGUUUGUCAGAUUGGCUCCAAAACUCUGCGGACGUCUCAUUUGUCUUUUCCUCCGGAGCAAUCGGAGCCAUCAUCGGACUCAUUCCCUCGGUCCCGUUGACGUCGAGAUUCGGAAUCCGCAACGUGCUCUCCUUCUACGCUCUUCUCUCUUCCGUCUCUACUUUGUUCAUCCCUCUCGCAGUUUCCAUUGGCUAUGUUCCAGUGAUCAUUGCCCGAAUGCUUCAGGUACCCGUUUCUAAUGAAUAUAUCAUCCGUCCACGAGCAUCUUGCUAGGGCUUUGGUGCCUCGAUUCUCUUCUCCUCGAUCGGAAGCAUUUCGGAAGGAUGGUCUCCGAUCUCGGAAAUCAGUACUUACAUCGCCUUCCUGUCUGCUGGUUUCCAACUGAGCAACAUCAUCACGAUGCCUUUGUCCGGAAUCCUUUGUGAAUCGGAUCUCGGCUGGCGGUCCAUUUACUACAUCUACGGAAGCACCGCCCUGCUCGUCACCUUUAUCUUCUUUGGGUUCUUCAGAGAUUCCGCAGAAGUGCAUAGGUUUUCUGCCAGCGAUCUUCUGCUUUUAAGGAUUUAGAUUGUAGAAAUGUGAGUGCAAAGGAGCUCGGGAAGAUCAGUCAGGGAAGAUCUCCGACUUCACGAAGACGUCAAGUUCCCUACUUGGCAGUUUGUAAGGAUAAAGUUGUACUGGCGAUCUGGGCUUCGGCGCUUGGAGGGAACAUGUCCCUGAUGACGCUAAUGAUCUACGGACCGACAUAUCUCAACAAAGUGCUGGGUUUCGACGUGAAAGACACUGGAUUUGCCAACGCGAUUCCGUACGUUCUGGCGACUGCGGUCAAGUUCGUCGCGGGACCAUUGUCAGACAAAUUGACAAGUGUGCCCGACACGUGGAAGAUGAUCUUCUUCGGAGCGGUCUCGCAGGGCGGCAUGGCCUGCGGAUUCUUCGUGAUGGCGUUGGUGCGUUUCGGAAGACGUUCUGACGAUUGCAAAGUGUGUCUUGCAGACUCGUGUAAAACUGAUUGCACAAAUCGCCUACACCGCCGCCAUCGUGCUGGCCGGAGUGAACAUGGUCGGAGUGGUCAAGUGUGCUCAAAUGGUAACCGUUUUCCCUUUCUCUUCCUUCCGCAAUGCUUCCAGGUCUCCCGACAAUACAUUCACUUUGUGAUGGCAGUGAACUCUCUGAUCUCCUGGAUCGCCAUCUUCAUCCUGCCCAUAAUAAUCGGCUAUCUGUGUCCGAAUCACUCGGCCGACGAGUGGUCCGUUUUCUACAUUGCCGGUGGCAUUUGGGUCAUCAUUAUGAACAUUCCGUUCCCGUUUUUGGCGACCACCGAAGCCGCGCACUAUACAAAACCCGGGUGGGGACAGCAGAAAGUGACGGACGUUUGCGAGACGUGA